AUCUAAUUCCAUUGCGACCUCUUUUCCUUCCCUCUCUAUAUAUCUUUUCUUCUCUUGUUUUACAGCUAAACCGAAACCCAAGCUGAAGUGGCAAGGCCAAGAAAAUCCGAAAACAAGAAAACAAAUUUGCCGACCCUUUUUCCCUCUCUCUUUCUCGCCGGAGCAUAGAACGAAACGGAGAGAUAAAUUUCUUUGCAGCGAUCCGGCUUUUAUCUUGGAUGGCUACCUCCCAUUUCGUAGUGUUUUAUAGUGUCUUGGUUUGAGAGAAGCCGGAAAGUGAAAAAGAUGCGGAAGCGGAGAUGGAGGGCGGUGCUGGUUUUGCGGAAGUUUCUAACGUGUGCUAUAUGCGUAAUAACGAUGACGGCUUUGCUCUCUGUACAUGUGCAGGUAUUCUCUUCCUCCAGAGCUCCUGACUUACCUGAUCCGUACAAGCUCCCCACUACUACCACUCAGCAGCUUGAUGUCAAUAAAUACUCAAGAUUGGGCAUUGAGCAAGAACAAAGCUGGAGCAGAGAGCAAACUCCACCCCAUUUGUCCAAACCACCUCUUCCUUCUCACAAGUUGGAUGGUGCUAGGGGGAAUUUGGAUUCCAAGCUAUGGAAGCCUCCAGCAAAUCGUGAUUAUUGGCCAUGUGUAGAGCCUGGUCCUAACUAUACAUCACCUGGGGAGUCAGAAGGUUACCUUCUAGUUCAUACAAAUGGUGGGCUCAACCAGAUGCGAGCUGGGAUUUGUGAUAUGGUAGCUGUUGCCCGAAUAAUAAAUGCCACUCUUGUUGUUCCUGAAUUGGACAAAAGGUCAUUUUGGCAAGACACCAGCAACUUUUCGGAUGUUUUUGAUGAAGAUCAUUUUAUCAAUGCUCUAGCCAGUGAUGUAAAAGUCAUAAAAAGGCUGCCUAAGGAAAUGUCUAGUGUUUCUAAAAUAGUUAAGCAUUUUAGAAGCUGGUCUGGUAUGGACUACUACGAAGGGGAGAUAGCAAGCAUGUGGGAAGAUUAUCAGGUUAUUCGAGCUGCUAAGUCUGACUCUCGCCUGGCAAACAACAAUCUCCCUCCAGAUAUUCAGAAGCUGCGUUGCCGUGCUUGUUAUCAAGCCCUCCGUUUUGCACCUCGAAUUGAAGAGAUGGGAAAAAUGUUGGUGGAGCGGAUGAGGUUAUAUGGUCCAUACAUUGCUUUACAUUUGCGAUAUGAAAAGGACAUGCUUGCCUUUAGUGGAUGUACACAUGGUUUAUCUAGUGCUGAAGCUGAUGAAUUGAAGAAGAUCAGAGAAGAAACUGCAUACUGGAAAGUAAAGCAGAUUGAUUCUAGGGAGCAGAGAUCCAAAGGUUAUUGCCCUCUAAUUCCAAAAGAGGUUGCUAUGUUUCUCACUGCACUGGGAUACCCCUCAAACACCCCAAUAUACAUUGCCGCAGGAGAGAUAUAUGGAGGUGAUUCUCACAUGGUCGACCUGCAAUCCCGCUAUCCCAUUUUAAUGAGCAAGGAAAAAUUGGCUUCUGCUGAGGAGCUUGAACCAUUUACUAAUCAUGCAUCUCAAAUGGCUGCGCUCGACUAUAUUGUUUCCAUUGAAAGUGAUGUGUUUAUUCCAUCAUACUCUGGAAACAUGGCAAGGGCAGUGGAAGGUCACCGUCGUUUUCUGGGACAUAGAAAAACAAUUUCUCCUGAUAGGAAACAACUUGUUCGUUUGUUUGACAAAAUUGAACGGGGAAAACUGAAAGAAGGUGAAAGUUUAUCAAAGAAUAUCAUUGAAAUCCACAAAAGACGGCAAGGAUCACCAAGGAGGAGAAAAGGUCCCAUCUCAGGAACAAAGGGCAUGGAUAGGUUUCGUUCUGAAGAAGCCUUUUAUGUAAAUCCCUUGCCUGAUUGUUUGUGUCAGAGGCAUUCACCGAAUCUGAACAUCUCUCUCGUGAUCAAAUAGUUUGGGUGCGGAAGAAUAAUUCCCUUUGGGAAAAAGUCCCUGUGAUGGCAGGAUACUGACAGUUUGACGAGUCAGCAUCUGUAGAAGCUUUUACAAACUGGUUGUGCCAUUAAGAGUUAGGGAUGCAGAUUCUGUAACCUUGAGUUUAGAUGAAGGGAUGAAAUAUUGGAGAUUUAGAUGAAAGAUUAUUUGCAGAAUGCAGUUGGCUGCAAGGAGGAAUGGGGAAUACCUGUAAACAGGACUUGCUUCUAUCAAGGAAUAUUGCAAGUGCUUGGACAUUACUGGCAAAAAUUUCAUUUACUGGCGUUUGGGAUUUCAUUGGGGAUGCGAUGCUUGUGUUACUGCUAAUCUCAGAAAUGAUGUUUCUUCUUUUUCCCCACUUUAUUUUUUUUAAUUCUUUUUUGAUGUAUCUAUUCUAUUGAUGGUCAUUCAAUGCAAUAAAAUGAAAAAAUUACUUGCC